AUGGGUCUAGUGAAGGUCUCCACUUCAUCAGCCAGCAGUCUGCUGCGUAUUGUCUUCGACCAGAUCACAGAGGGCCAGUUGGAGUUUGUGGAGCUGGACCAGCACUUUGACACCAUCCAAAUCGGCGAGGGAGAGGACAAACGCGAGUACACCAUCUUGUCUGGCAAGACAGAGUUGGAGGCUCACCUGAAAAAUCAGUUUCCAGACGGCGUCACUGCCAUUGAAACUUUUUUCAAAAUCAUGAAGGUGUCAGCCAAGAAGACUAACGAUCUGGCCUCUCUGAAGCUGAUCCCCCAGUGGCUGGCUCUGUUCUUGCUGAAGUCUGGCAUCACAAACCUCUGCUCCUCCAUCUAUACCCUCUCUGGUACUGGAGCUACAGCUGGCACCUUGACCACCAACAAGGACCUUCACGUCAUCUUCAGUUACCUCUUCUACGGUACUUGGUCUUAACUUUAUUUUAUGUCCCCCCCCAAGGAUUCCAGUGUUAGGAUCAAUGCUCUUCUGUUGCAACACUACAAGAGAGGAGCGUACUACCCUAAAGGAGGAGGCAGUGAGAUCUCCUACCACAUCAUCCCUGUCAUCCAGAAGUCUGGAGACAACGUCCUGGUCAGAGCACCUGUCACUCAGAUCCUGGUCAACAAUGACGGGGCAGCAUAUGGUGUAAAGGUGAGAAAGGGACAGGAGGAGGUGGAGGUACAUCCUCCUGUGAUCAUCUCCAACUGUGGUCUGUUCACCACCUUCCAGAAGUGACUGCCCCCUGAGACCCAGACCAAACCAGACAUCCAGGAACGUUUAGACAUGAUGAAACAUGGCAGAGGAUCAUUAUUGGUCUUCUCUGGCUUUGAUGGAACUCAAGAGGAGCUGGGUAUCGUCUCCACCAACUUCUGGCUCUUCAAAAAGAAUUAUAUGGAUGGCUCAAUGGAAGGGUUCUUUGCCAUGAGUAAAGAGGAUGCACCUGAUAAGUGUGUUUACUUCUUUGUGCCACAAAUACGCUGCAGCGUGUCGGAUGUAUACCAUGUUACAUUUCCAGGGAAAUCCUGCAUGACGAUGUUGACCAUGGUGAAAUACGAGUGGUUUGAGGAAUGGACAGAUACCUCAGUAAGGAAAAGGGGAGAUGACUAUACCAACUACAAAAUGAAAUUUGCAAACAAUCUUGACUGGGCAUGCACCCUAUUCCCCAAGCUGAGGGAAAAGUUGGUGUUCCAGGACGUUGCGACCCCCCUGACUAACAUGCACUACCUGGGAGCCCAUUGCGGGGCCAUGUACUCUGCUGAGCACAACCGGCGCUUCCAUGCUGAGGCUGUGGCCAGGAACCGUUGCUCCACCCCUGUCAAAAACCUCUUUAUCUCAGGGCAGGAUGUGUUCAGCUGUGGGAUAGCUGGAGCGUUGCACGGGGGUCUCCUGUGUGCCUCCACGGUCCUGGACCACAUCGUCUACAUCAACCUCCUCUUCCUCAAGAAGAAGCAGAAAGAUGGCCAGGCUGGUUAAGAAGCUCGAGUGAGGAGACCACUCCAUUUCUACGCUCCGGAGCGAAGUUUCCCCUAUAAUUGAACUUUCCUAACCUAAAUCACAAGAUGGGACAAUUUAAAACUGACCCAAGAUCAGCGUCUAGGGCCAGCUUCACCCUACACACUACUGCAUGUAGGGACCACAGGAGAUGGUGGUGCCUUAAUUGAGGAGGAUGGGCUCGUGGUAAUGGCUAGAGUGCAAUAGGAGGAAUGGUAUCAAAUACAACAAACACAUGGAUUCCAUGUGUUUGAUGCCAUCAGUCGCACCGUUCCGGCCAUUAUUGUGAGCCAUCCUCCCCUUAGCCGCCUCCACUGGUAGGGACUGCUCAAGCGGUUCUUUUACGCCUGCUAGGUUAACAGUAAGGCUGCUCUCUACUUCCUCCGCAGGACUAAGUCUGAACUGCAGGUUUCAUUCUGAUACGAUGACAUCAUGACAAGCUGAGGAGAUGGAAUCCCAACAAACCAUUUCUGGUUACCUCUUCAUUCCUAGAACAUUAGUAUGAAUGUUCUGGGAGGGGUAAAAUGGUUAACACUUUUGGUUAAAACGUUUGACAGAGUUUCCCAGGGAUGUAUACAUAUUGUAUGUCAUUUUACAAUUACAGAUUGAUUUGCAAAUACAGAAUCUGCCAAUGGAAAGUAAUCCUUGAAUAUGUAUGCACCACUUACACUGUGUCAAAGUUUUAAAUGUUUUAAUGUGAAUCAUUGUAUUAAUGUAAACAUGUAACAUGGUAAGACCAGGUUCCAGGAUAAAGAGACUAAGGGGACAGUUGAAAUCGGCUAUCGGGCACAAUUUUUGGGUUCUUGCAUUGGAAUUGUAUUGAAUUCUGCUUAUAUCAGGUUAUACCACAAUAAACAGUUUAAACCGACACUGAGAUCAUUGAGUGCGAUUGAAGUGACAGGUUGGCGUGAAAUCUGUAGCCCAUCUCGGCUGUGCUGUAUCAGCACAAUGGACAGCGCCCUAACAUACAAGGCCGUUUUGGUAAUGAAUAUAGACUACAAGAUGGACAGGGUAAUUCACCUAUUACAAACAGCCUAUGUGAAUGCAGUCUUACACACCGCUGUCUUAACAAAAUAAUACUAACUAAAUGCUGAAAGUAGUAGCCUAGUUAUUCAUGCAUGCAAGCAAAAACACUGAACAGCAGUUUGGCUUAGAAUACCGACACAACUGUGAAUGCGAACAAAUGAGAACAGAACAAAACAACGGUACCAAGUAGUAGGCCUAGAAAACUAAAUAUCAGAUUGAUAAAAGAAUGACACAAUCUAGAUUUAGGUUAGUUACAUUAACAGUAAACAACGCAGUAAACAAAAGGUUAAAUGGAGAUCCAAAUAACCCAAAUCUAGCCUACAACCUACUACAGUUAGAUGUAGACAUGCACAGCUGUCUUGCCAAAUAAAUAGGCCUAUAGGCCAGCUUCAUACAUGGAAAAUCAUGCCGCUCAUGAGUUUAGCAACACCUUGUGAUAUGGCACAAUACACUUCUGUAAAUCAAAUUUGACCCACAUAAUCAAUUACGCAAUGCCAGCCUACCAUAAACAAGUUUCCAAUACUACAGUUCCAUUUACAACCACAAAUCAAUCAAAACCCUAAUAGAAUGUAUCUAUUUCUAUGAUGAAACAUAAAUGUAGCUACAGUAUACCCAGGGGCAUCAUUUGGGUCAUUGCAAUGGAAUUAUAUGGAAUUCUGCUUAUAUCAUGCUAUACCACAAUAAACAUACAUUCAAAUGCU